AUGUCGAUUCCAAGUUUGCCAGCGGCAGUUAGAUUCAAUCCCAACGAUACCCAGAUGCUCUAUUAUCUCAAGGACAAGAUUUUGGGUCGACUUCAACUUCCUGCUGGUGUUCCUGAUGGUUAUUUCUCAGACAAUAUCAAUCCCUACAGUUACGACCCUGUUGAACUUCCCAAAGGUGAAGACUUUAAUGAUUACAGUGAAGCAUUUUACUUCACCAACAAACCAGAGAACCGUAAUGUGAAAGAUGGUUUCUGGAGGGCUUCUACUUCGCCUGAGAAGAUCUUCGAUAAUGGCCAAAUGCUAGGGUUCAAGGAGGAGUUCCAUUUUUUCUGGUCACUACAAAGUGAAACAGUCAAUACCUGCUGGAUUAUGCAUGAGUUCAGUGUAAUCCCGGCUAUAUUUUCUGAAGAUGAGCGCAAAGCUAAUGGAAACAGGAUCGAGAGCUAUAUUGCAUGUAGAAUUCAGUACAAGCCCUCGGUUUACAUGUCUGAGGAAGAAUUGGAAGAGCUAAUGGCAGACGACUGA